AGGAAGGGGCGGGGCAGAUGCAGGGGUAAGAGGCUGCGGAGGAGCUUCCUGAGCUCGGUGCCUGAAGGGAGGGUGUCCUCCCGAAGGUCCGAUCUGAGAUCUCUCUGCCUGCCUUAGGAGCCGAGAUCUCUCUCCUUCCCUGGAGCUGAGAUUGCUCUGCGUUCUGGAAGCCAUCUCUGUGCAUGCAGGUCCCAGUGUGGAGUCUAUCCCCCGAGGGCAGGGACUGAGCCUUUGUGACUCCUGUGGGGCCUCACCCUGUAAAUCCCUGCAGACCUGCCUGCUGCCUAGGAGGAGAAGAGCAAGAUCUGUCCCCCAUUGGUAUCCUUGUCCCUGCCCAACUCAGUCUGCAGAGGACCAAGGCAUGGCCCCAGCAGGGAGCUUGGAGCCAGAGGGAAUGGCCCCUGGGAACAGCAGCCCCCCUCCCCAGGGGUUGGUGACAUUCAAGGAUGUAGCUGUGGACUUCACCCAGGAGGAGUGGGGCCUCUUGGACCAUGCUCAGAAGGAGUUGUACAAGGGGGUCAUGAUGGAGAAUGCCUGGAACCUGCUCUCCCUGGGGCUGCCAGUUCCCAGAGAAAACGUGAUCUCUUAUCUGAAGCAAAGGGAAGCCCCAAGGAUGUUGGAGCAAGAAGGCCUGGGGAGCUGCUGUCCAGAAGGAGAGAUCAGCCUGGAAAUGAAGGAAAUAACUGAAGAGCUAAGCCUUUCUGUGGAAGAAACUCACAAGCAAAGAUUCAUGAGUUCCCCGGACUUCAGUUGGAAGGAAUUGUGUACAACACCUGAGGGUAUCCACAUUGCAGAGAAAUAUUACGACUGUAAACAAUGUGGAAAGAGUUUUACAAAGAGGAAGUAUCUUAUUGCACAUCAGAGAAUCCACACUGCAGAGAAACCUUAUAAAUGUUGUCAAUGUGGAAAGACUUUUAAAUGGAAGGAUGGUCUUCAUCAACAUCAGAGGAUCCACACUGGAGAGAAACCUUAUAAAUGCAAUCAGUGUGGAAAGGCUUUUACAUGGAAGCUCAGUCUUGUUAAACAUGAGAGUAUCCACACUGGAGAGAAACCUUAUGAGUGUCAUGAAUGUGGAAAGGCUUUUAUACAGAGGGCUUAUCUUACUAUACAUCAAAGAGGACACACUGGAGAGAAACCUUACAAAUGUAAUCAAUGUGAAAAGGCUUUUAGAGAGAAGAAAUCUCUUAUUGCACAUCAGAGAAUCCACACUGGAGAGAAACUGUAUGUAUGUAAUCAGUGUGGAAAGACUUAUAUACAGAAGGACAGUCUUGUUGAACAUCAGAGAAUCCACACAGGAGAGAAACCUUAUGCAUGUAAUCAAUGUGGAAAGACUUUCAGAUGUAGGAGGAGUAUUGGUGAACAUCACAGAACCCACAAUGAAGAGAAACCAUAUGAGUGUCAUCAAUGUGGAAAGACUUUUAGGGAAAGAAGAGGUCUUGCUCUGCAUCAGACAUUCCACACUGGAGAGAAACCUUAUGAAUGCAGUCAAUGUGGAAAAGCUUUUACACGGAGAGAUGGUUUUAUUGUUCAUCAGAGAAUCCACACUGGAGAGAAACCUUAUGAAUGUAAUCUAUGUGGAAAGGCUUUUAAAUGGUGUGCCAGUCUUAUUCUACAUCAGAGAAUCCACACUGGAGAGAAACUUUAUGAAUGUACCCAAUGCAGAAAGGCUUUUACACAGAGAGCCCAUCUUACCAAACAUCAGAGAAUCCACACUGGCGAGAAACCUUAUGAAUGUACUGAAUGUGGAAAGGCUUUUACACAGAAGUCCUCUCUUACUGUACAUCAGAGAAUCCACACUGGAGAGAAACCAUAUGAAUGUACCCAGUGUAAGAAGGCUUUUACACAGAGGAACAGCCUCACCCAACAUCAGAGAGUACACACUGGAGAGAAACCUUAAGAAUGUAAUCAUUCUGGUAAAGCGUUCUGGCUAAAGUCAGUCCUGGUUUCCCAUCAGAGAGUUCAUGGGAGAUAGAGGAAUCUUCUAACCAACCUCAAUGAGGAAAGGCAUUGAAAUGGAGUACAGAGUUUCUUAGCAGAAAAUUCACUCUGGGUACAAGCUGUCUAUGGAAUCAAUUGUGGGAAGGUUUUCAGCCAGAGGUCAUCGCUUUAUCCUCUCAUCAGAGGAUUUAUAAUUGAAAAGAAACCUUAUGACUGUACUCAAAGCGGACAUGCCUUUCUCCCAAACAUGGAGGUCACUGGUGAAGGUUAAAUUUUGUGUCUGACUAUGACAGAAAGGUGAGAUAAGGAAAAUAAUUCAUGCCGACCCUCCAGGUGGCAAAAACAAAAAGGAGGCAGUAGGCUGAUAAACUGCAGAACUAUGUCAGAGAAUCCAUCUGGAUGUUCUCAGAAUUAGAAUGUCUUCAGAAUAAAGAAAAGCCCUCAUGUCAACAUUAUGUCAACUGGGAAACAAUCUUUGGUGAAGGGAAGGAUUCAAAUUUGUUUAAUCAGGGGUGUGAAAAUUAGGACACUUUAGGGAAUUUUGUGUUCUCCUACAGGCUGCCUACAUGCAUGUAAUCAGCCUAUAUUGAGGCCACUGCAUGUAACAGUCAAGAAACUUCUCAUUAAAUUGAAAUUGUUUCUGCCUCCUGAUUUGGUGACCCAACAAUCAUGAUGAUGAGGCAGGGAUUCCCCUGAUGGACUUGAGGCAGAACAGAUCCAUUGUAUGAACAAAGCAGAUGUUCCUAGACAAGCAAGAGGCCUUGCAAUUUCUAUCUACAAAGCUUCCCAUGAUUGCUCCUUCUCUGCCAACCUGGAAAUGAAAUCUAAAGGAACUCAGUUCCAUAUUAGAGACAUCUGGACUGCUUGUCACAUGCUCUAUAGAAGUCAGUGAAGGGCUCAGGUCCUGAUGAUAGCAUCCUCUCGGAGUGAUGCUUUCCAGUGCAGAGACCAACAGACUGGACAUGAGGGAGCAAUUCAAGAGGCAUUAUGAGAAGUCUCUAUAUUCUCAUCAAGGCAAGUCAGAAGACUCUUGGCUUUGCCAGAAAAGGCAAGUACUGAUAUGAAGAAAGGUUUCUGAUGAAAUUCAUUUGGAUGCUAAUGAGGACCCAGGGCCACUUCUUCCCUUGUCACUAAAUUUAUCAGAGAAUCUUGAAUUGGAAAGUCCUUCAAAAGCCAUCUAGGUCAGACUCAUACCUGCAUAGGCAUCACUUUGAAAAAAUUUCUGCUCGAAGACCAGCUAAGAAGGCAGCCCAUUGUUAGGGCACUGUUCAUCACAUAAAGCUGAAAUCUGCCUUUUGUGGGUUACAAUCAUUGGUUCUAGGUCUUCCCUCUGGGGUCAAGAGAACAAGUGGAAUUCAUCGUAGACAUGAUAGCAUUUCAGGUAUUUGAAGAGCAUUUCAUGUUGCCCACCAAGUUUUCUUCUGGAUAAAUUGACUCAGUCCUUUCAACUCAUUUGGCAUGGUCUUUAAUCCAUCAUAUUCAUAGUCCUUCUUUGGAUGUAUUCCAACUAGUGAAUGCAUCUUGUUGAUUAUCUCCAGUUUAUCAUAAAUAAUAAAAAUCAGUAUGUUUGUCCAUAUUUAUUUGUCUCGAGAUAGCUGCCAAAAGUACAACCAAACAAGUAUAAAUUACUUUGUAGAAUGUUAUAAUUGUAUAAUUUGUUUUUGCUAACAAUGGUGGAACCACAACCUUGGCCUCCUAAAAUCUCUCAGUUGUGUUUAUGUUUAUGGAUUAGUUAGAAAUGGGGGGAUAUCAUGACCUUCUUGACCUAUGUUGUACCACUAGACUGAUAACUCUGGAGGAGUGAGGUUGAUGACUUUUCACAGCUCUGCCUCACUUAAAUCCAACCCACUCGCAAACAAAGACCAACAACAACAAUCUGUGGUUAAAGCAGCACAUGAGUUCAAAAGUUCGGUGUUCCUCUCUCAGUUAAAUGCAGAAGUUCAGUUUUCCUAUCAGUCACUUUUAAUUGAAAAAUUCUGAACUAAGUUUAUAAUUCCAGUGCUCUCUUAAAACAAGUUACCUCAAAAGGAAUUAUCUCAGCACCAGCUGCAAAUCAUUUCAUAUCAAGGAAACUUGUUAUUUUCUAUACUUUAAGCAUUCUGAUUCCAUUCCAGGCCAUCUGUUGGAAUCCCUGCCAGCCAGGAUGAUGCCAUUCCUGGAAAUACUGUCUCUAGGUGUUUUUGUAGAGUUAGAGGAAAUUUUUUAUCUAUCAUUGGUUAUUUCUGAAAGAUCCAGGUGGACAGUAUAAGCAUUUUCAAGAUGAAAAGAGGGGCUGUUCCCAGGCCACAUUUCAGACUUUCAACCAAGUAAUCACAUUGUCCCUGCCUCCAUAAUGCUGUCAGUCCUUUAACCUUUUAUAUUGUUUUUCCCACCUACCAACUUCAUUUCUUUGUUCUAUUUUUUUCUUAAAUAUGUAUUUUUUUACUGAAAAAAGUCAUUUAUAAAUUAAGAUUCAAAAAAUGGACGGACACAGGAGUAAAUAAGACAAUGGCAAAGAA